UCCUGUGGGCGGAGGGAAGGGAGAGGCUCACAGGGAGUCCACAGACCACAGACCCACAGACCCACAUGCAUUAACCACCAUCCUGAACUAGGACACGGCGUGGAAGGGCGAGUUGGACUCUCUGUCCACAUUUAGUCAUUUAUCUGCCCCUUUGUUUGUUGUAGGCGAGGGAAUCGCGUGUUUUAGUUACUUUGUAACCAGCUGUUGAUUCAAAGUAGCCCACGGGAACAAAGACCCCACAGACACGGGCGGGCGAGCAGCUGACCUGUCGGACCAAACGCUGCCGGAGAUUCAUUUCCAUAGCAAAUGUGGUUUUAAAAGAGCCCCUGAUAGCUUGAUAUAUCGCCGGGGACACGUGUCAAGAUGGACGUGAGGCUGCUCCUGAUUUCUGUUCUUCUGGGACUCAGCAGGGCUCAACUAGAUGGUAACGAAUGCACCAAAGCCUCGGCCCAGUCCUGUGGAGAAUGCAUUCAGGUCGGAGAAAAGUGUGGCUGGUGUACAGACGAGAACUUUUUGAAGCAAGGCGAGCAGAAGUCCACACGGUGUGAUGAGAUUGAAGCUCUGAUUAAGAAGGGCUGUAAUAAGUCCAGUAUAGAAAAUCCUCGGGGAAAUGUUACCGUCAGCAAGAACCAAUCUUUAACAGAGCACACAAACAGCACUAAGGAUGGAGCAAAACUAAAGCCAGACCAGAUCACCCAGAUUCAACCGCAGAAACUCACCCUAGACCUCCGAUCAGGUGAAGCUCAGAAGUUCGUUCUGACAUUCAGGAGGGCUGAGGAUUAUCCCAUAGAUCUCUACUACCUGAUGGACCUCAGCUACUCAAUGAAAGAUGAUUUAGAGAACGUCAAAAACCUGGGAACCAAACUGAUGACUGAAAUGCAAAAGAUCACAUCUGACUUCAGGAUCGGCUUUGGCUCCUUUGUGGAAAAAACUGUCAUGCCAUACAUCAGCACAACGCCAGCCAAGCUGCUAAACCCCUGCACAUCAGACCAGAACUGCACAAGCCCGUUCAGCUAUAAAAACGUGCUGAGUUUGACUUCCGAUGGAUCUCAGUUUAAUACCCUUGUGAGCAAACAGCAGAUCUCAGGAAACCUGGACUCACCAGAAGGAGGGUUCGACGCCAUCAUGCAAGUGGCUGUCUGUGCGAACCAAAUUGGCUGGAGGAAUGUGACCCGUCUGCUUGUGUUUUCCACGGAUGCUGGAUUCCACUUUGCUGGAGACGGAAAACUGGGCGGCAUCGUGCUUCCUAAUGAUGGGAAAUGCCAUCUACAGGAUAACAUGUACACUAUGAGCCAUUACUAUGACUAUCCUUCGAUCGCACAUCUGGUUCAGAAAUUAAGCGAAAACAACAUUCAGACCAUUUUUGCUGUAACUAAAGAGUUCCAGCCUGUUUACCAGGAGCUGAAAAACCUCAUUCCAAAGUCAGCUGUGGGAACGCUGUCUUCCGACUCCGGCAAUGUGAUCAAUCUCAUUAUUGAUGCAUAUAAUUCUCUGUCUUCUGAGAUCAUUCUGGAGAACAGUAGGCUCCCCGAAGGUGUGUCCAUUUCCUACAUCUCCCACUGCAAGAAUGGAGUGAGUCAAGAAGGAGAAAAUGGGAGAAAGUGCUCCAACAUCGCCAUUGGGGAUCAGGUGACGUUUGAGGUAGCGGUCACGGCUAAGGGCUGUCCAUCUAAUGGCAAAUCAGAGACUUUAAAGAUCAAGCCGCUGGGUUUCACUGAGGAGGUGGAGAUCGUCCUCAACUUCAUCUGUGAAUGUGAGUGUCAUAAAGAAGGAAUCCCUAACAGUCCAAACUGUAGCGACGGCAAUGGCACUCUGGAGUGUGGAGCAUGCAGGUGCAAUGAGGGACGUAUUGGCAGGGUUUGUGAAUGUAGUAAAGAUGAGGUCAGAACAGAAGAUCUGGAUGCAAACUGCCGCAUGGAUAACGGCACGGACAUCUGCAGCAACAAUGGAGACUGCGUUUGUGGAACGUGCGAGUGCAAAAAAAGAGACAACCCAGAGGAGAGAUACAGCGGAAAGUUCUGCGAGUGCGACAACUUCAACUGUGACCGCUCCAACAACAAGCUCUGCGGAGGUCACGGUCGUUGUGAAUGCAGGAAGUGUAUCUGUGACGCUAACUACACAGGAAGUGCUUGCGACUGCUCAUUGGACACCUCAACCUGUAUGGCCAGUAACAAACAGAUCUGUAACGGUCGGGGCACCUGCGAGUGCGGCACGUGUAAAUGUAUAGACACAAAGUUUCAGGGUCAAACCUGUGAGAUCUGCCCAACCUGUCCUGGAGUUUGCACUGAACACAAGGAUUGUGUCCAGUGCCGAGCAUUUGGUUCUGGUGAUAAGAAAGACACAUGUGAGAAAGAGUGUACUAACUUCGAUCUUAAAAUGGUGAAGAAGAAGGAGGAACUUCCUCAGCCCAACGACCAGCCCUACAUCAAUCACUGCAAAGAGCGUGAUGCUAACGAUUGUUGGUUCUUCUUCACCUACGCUACCAGGAAUGACAGCACCGUUGUGGUCCAUGUGGCAGAGGAGCUUGAGUGUCCCUCUGGCCCUGACAUCAUCCCCAUUGUAGCUGGUGUGGUCGCAGGAAUCGUUCUGAUUGGUUUAGCACUUCUGCUCAUCUGGAAGCUGCUCAUGAUUAUUCAUGACCGCAGAGAGUUCGCCAAGUUCGAGAAAGAGAAGAUGAAUGCCAAGUGGGAUGCGCAAGAGAACCCAAUAUACAAGAGCCCCAUUAAUAAAUUCCAGAAUCCAAGUUAUGGAAAUAAAGGCGUCACACUCUGAGGUGAGAACCCCAUUUACAAGAGUGCUGUGACGACAGUGGUCAACCCUAAAUAUGAGGGCAAGUAACAGACAAACGUAUCCAUCUUCAAGCAACACUGUAUGCAGAACAAUUCAAGAGGAAUGGAAAAGUUGAAGAAGUUUUUUUUGCGUAUAUGGAUAGAAGACUAACGCUGCAUGACUAUUGGCUGCGCAGCUGAAGUUCGCGUGCUGAUUGGCUGAUCAAUACUGUGAUAGCCCCAGACCAAAGUCAGAUGUUCCAGAAAUCUCCCUGAGAUUGAUCAUUGAGCUUUAUCUCCUGAGCAAUUCUUGAGCAUUGAAAGCACUACAGACUCUCCACUGCACAAUAUCCGACCAUCUAUUCAGAGCACGACCUGCAUUUUUUUACUGCAGCUGAACGCCUGGUUUUGGAUUUUCUCCAAGCAGCAGUUCUUCUGUAUUGUUCUUGCCUCCCACCCUUCCCAACCCUUCACCCCUAAACCCCGCACCCCCCCCCCCCCCCAAAAAAAAACACAAAAAAAAUCAUUUUAAGUUGAUCAUUUGUGUUCAGAUACUACUGUUCUUUUACAACUUCAGUUCUUUUAAUACUAGGUUAAUAACUUGUUUAUUCUGCUAUUGUUCUGUUCUGUUCUUUAAAAAAAGUGUGUUCCUAUUAAUACUAGAUUCAUAAUUUCUUUUAUUUGCUACUUCUUUUUUUAUAUAUAUAUAAAAAAGUUUAUUAGCUGUAUUUAAGUCGUUCUUUUUCUUGUAAAUUAACUAACUUGUUUUUUUCUUGAGAAUACUUUGCAGGUUGUAUCGCCUCAGCAUUUUGUGAAGAUGCCUCGGAAAGGUAGGAGAUCCCAGGCUCAGAAAGUUCGUUGGACAAAGUUAGACCUGACAGGACAGACGAGCGUCAGUAAAGGUGUUACUCCGGUUUCUGAUGGACCACAGUAUGAAGGUGGCGACAACACAUCUAGAGUUAUAUCCGUGCAGGCGUCUCACUGCCAGAGUGAUGCAAGUUGCAGGAAGAUUUUGAAGACCAUAGCAGUCCUGUGCAACACUGGAUAUGAGUGUGCAAUAUACCAUCUAAAGGAACCGGCGAGUCAGAAUGUCUGAGAAGAUCAAGUGUGCUUCACCACUGAUGAUGAUGAGCUGGAUACCAGCUUAUGGGCUAAUUUCUUUCAUUCAUUGCCAGUGGACGGGACCAGAUGUGUUUGGAGUUGAAGACAACGCUGAAGACCAAAGAAGCAACGGAAGAAGAACAUUUAAGCACUGAGGGUGUCCAGCCUGUUUGCCAUGACAGAUCCAGCGGCUAGAUGGCGGAAGAUGCUUCAAUACCCAAUUGCACUGAAUCAUUAGAUUAUCAAUUAAUUAAUAUUAAUAUAUAUUUUUUAAUUAUCUUAUUAUAUUAAAUAAUUGGUCUCAGUUUACUAUUUCAUAUAUUAGUUUGAAUAAUAAUGUUUUUAUAAUGUGUACGCCAUGCCUGAGGAGGAUGGGUUCCCCCUGAUGAGUCUGGUUCCUCUCAAGGUUUUUUAUCUCCUUAAGAGUUUUUUCCUUGCCACCGUCGCCACUGGCUUGCUCACUGGGGGUGUUGUGUCAAAUCCUGUGUCCCUCUCGCGUCCCUGCCGACCAGGGUUUCCAAAACAACAGUUUGCGACUCGAUGAAAUUUUUAUUAAUUAAAUCAUAGAAAUUUAAACGACUAAAACUGAAAUCAUGUUAUGGCUUAGUCACUUACGGUAAAGCAGUAAGCCCUGUGAUGCUGUGAUUAACAGUGCUUUCAGAACUGCUAAGGGGUGUUGCUGUUUUCUGAAAUCACAGGGCUUAUGUAUGGCCUUAUGCCCUUUAUAAACACUUGUGCAGUAAUAGACGCAAUCAUGGACAGUAAUGUGAGUAUUUUACAAUGGCUUUAAAUGCAACAUGCACAAGGUUCACUUUAUUAAUACAAUAAUUCAAACACUUUCACCACUAUUCUGCCAAAAUAGAAACUUGAUUUAAAAUUUUUUAUUAUUGCAACAGUAAGAUAUUUGUUUUUUAUUUUCAUAAUUCGAUAAUUUUAAUAUGAAGUUAAAAUAAUAUUUAUAUGUGAGCUAGUGCAACAUUAUAGGGUGGGAUUUGGCACAACAGGUGUUUUCUAAUACUUUUAAUAAACAUUUUGGUUGAAUUGGCA